AUGCCCAGCAUAUCAAAGUCCUCUUCAGUGCCAUCAGAAAAACAGCAUCAUAUAUGCUGCCACACAAGUGACUCCAGGGUUGUUUCUAAGACCCGAGGGCGGGGAAUUCCCCCACCUAAAAUGACUGAAAAUGUUACCAAGAAGAAGAAUGUUGUGGCAGCGUUUUGUGGCAAUAAACAGCUGUGCAGGAAAGGCAUUCAUCUUAGAGCCAAGGAAGAGGAAGUUACCUGCCCAAGACAUGAAGACUGCACUGCAACAAUUCCUCUAGACACCACCAUUGGAGACGAAAAGAGAUGGGCUGCGGAAUGCAUUAAUGAGCUUCAUAGUAUUGGUCGUCCACUUAUCAUUUCCCAUUUCACCAGUGAUAGAGACAGUGCUGCUGCUUCUGGUGCAUCUGGAAAGCAAGGGCAUGUAAUUGAAAACCACAAAGACCUGCAUCACUUCUUUGACACUCAAAGACAGAACGACAACAAAGGCGUCGAGCUAACAUUUUCUUUUAUUGAUAUCGUUAAUUAG